CUGUUAGGGCGCUCGCCUCUCGGCCGAGCAAUCCCAUUCGGAAAUUGUAUCCGAAACGUUGAUUCGUGUAUGAAAAUCAUGUCAAUUUCGUAGAAGUCAUUAAGGACGAAUGCUAGAUAAUCUGUAGUGUCUUCCUCGUGUGAUUGUAGUUGUUUUGUGACUAGAUUGCGGUUGAAAGUGAAAUGAAAAACACGCGCGAUGUAAAUAAGGUCUAUUAAAAAGCAAUAAAUUUCAAUUUAGAAACCCCAUAUUUAAAAUUAGGACAAUAAGUGCUAAAUUAGAUUCAAUUCUUCCAUAUUUAGUAGGAGUAGUGCUAGAGAUAGUGCGUAUAAGUACAGUCAGCAUAGUAAAUCAAGGAAAUGUGUGGUCAAGUCAAAGUGGUUGGAUAAUGUUGGGAAGAUGCCGCAACGAACGCCUUCAUCCUCCAGCCUGAUUCGCCCAUUCGUGGUGUUAGCCCUGCCCGGAAUGUAUUUGCUCUAUAAGUAUAACCAGUACAGACAGCAACAGAUGGAGACGGCACGGCGUCGGGUCACCGAGCGAGAGCUUUUGCAUCUCAACACAAAAAUCGAUAAAUUGCUCAACAAACUUGAAGAAAAUGAGCCCGAACUGGCGACGUCACCUGAAGAAGAAUGCGUCAUUUGCGUCAACGCCAAAGCCACCAUGCAAACAUCACCGUGCGGCCACCGCGUCGUCUGCCGCCGUUGCUUCGUGAAGACCAUUCAAAUGGCAGUCAGCCAGAGAUUGCUUCCACUGCGAUGUGUCAUCUGUCGAGCGAAGAUACUGCGGCUGCGGCAAGCACCGAGGCUUGUUACCAGCAAAAGUUGGCAGUUGUCGAAUACAAGCAGCAGAACAUGGGGUGUACCUGGUUCGGUGUCUUCGUACUCGGUUGGUGCAAGAUCAGUCCCGGCGUCAGCUUCAUUGUAUUCGGUCACCAGCGGAGAAUCAUCAAUUUCUGGUGUUUCUUCAGUGUCGUCAAAUAGUGGUGGGAACUUGGGGAACGCGUGUUCAGCGAAACUGUGCGGUGGUUCAAGGUGUGGUGGAGCUUGUCUAGGUGCAGUGCCAAGGGUUCCAUCCACUUCAGCGCCGCCAAAAACUCGGCAACCCGCUUCCAUGUCGCUGAGGCGAUCUGAACAUCACAGUAUGAAGGCGCGUCUCCCGGACUACCAAGUUCAUAGCUACACUGGUGGACCAGCCCCAGAAAGUUCUGGCUGGCUUCCACCUAUAAGGGAAUUUCAAAGAGAGUUUCGAGAAGGGCGCAGAGAGAGCACUAUUUCAGCUUCGACCUCAACUAGGAUAAGAUGCGCCCAGAAGAUAGUUACCCAAUUGGAAAUAUCACCUCAACACGAAAAAUUGCACUUCUUUCGUCCUUUAAAACCUGAAAGCAAAGAUGAACCUCCCAAAUCCAGAGAUCAAAGUAAAGAGACUGAACGAAUAAAAGAAACCCCCAAAGCAAAAGCUAAUAAAGAAGAUAAUAAAAAGAAAGAGUCAGACCCGGAGACACCUAAAAAAAAUGAAAAAAGUAAAAAAGAUGAAACCAGUGAUAAUAAAAAGAACGAAUUAGCCGAGAGAAAAAAAGAAGAAAAACUUCGGUUAAAAGCGGAAAAAGAAGCGAAGAAAGAAGCGAAACUUCAAGCUAAGAAAGAAGAAAUGCAAGCGAAACAGUUAGCUAAAGAGGAAGAAAGACAAGCAAAACUGUUAGCAAAAGAAGAAAAGAAAAAAGCCAAAAAGGAAGCGAAGUUAGCAGCACAAGCCGAAAAGGAGAAAAAUAAAUAGUACAUAGUUGUUAAGCUUUUUACAUCGUAGAAACUUGUAGCCGUCUUUAGCGUUUAAAGUUAAGAAUUUUCAGGGAAAAAUACAAACAAUCUUACUUAUAAAAAUUGUUUUUAAAAGUUAUAGUGCAUUAUUACUAUAGGUAUAUAGAGCAGAUUAGAAAAUAUUUCGUCAUUUUUUGUAGAUAUUAUAUAAUUUAAAAGACGUAUUGUUACUGUCGAUAUGGAUAGAUUAAAUGUUAUUUUAUUUCUUUUUUUUUUGAAACAAUAUAACGGCACUCAAAUUAAUUUGAUAAAUGGAAAUAUUUUAAUGUACCGAAGACUGAAAGAAUGAUUAAUUAAUGAAGUCAUAUCGUUAUGUAAUUUAUACAGUAUACAAUUACUGACGUAGUUAAGAGCUAUGAGCAUUAAUGUAUAGUUUUAUUUAAAUGUUUUCAUAUUUAAUUCACAAUAACAAUUGCAUGGUGCUCUAUCUUUUAUGUCGAAUUGUCUCACUUGGCUGUAACCCUAUAGCUAGAUUUCUCGACUGCGCGCGCACUAAAACAAAGUGAUUAGCAUUUCGCGAGUGUUAAGCCCCCCAUUUACGGGCACGCCAUCGCUUCAAACGGCUCGUGAACUCUCAAAGACUUGGCUGUCAUGCGUCAAGUAGGAGGGUCUUUCUAGACGCCUAAAUUGUCUAACGGCCGUUUCCAAUAUUCAGUCUAUCUCCGGUUGUGGCCUACUUGAGAUAAAAAUCGUAACUAUCAUUGACUUUUCUGUCCUAAUAAACUCACCUUUUCCGUACACGCUGCCUGUCAAUGGGAGGACGUAUAGCCUACGAGAGUUAGAAGUCUGUAUGGAAGGCGAUAUAAAUGACUUAUCGGGUAUGCUGGGACAGCUUUUCAUUAUUGACAGCUAAUUACUGACAGUAGAAGGUAGUGAUUUAUCUCUAUCAGGAGACAGUAUAUUGGAAACGGCCGUAAGUUAUUUACUUCGCCUUGAUGAAGUUUUCACUUUAGUAUUUUUUUAACACCAUACUCUCCUACGGUGUUAAAUACACAAAUUUUUAUUUUCUUAUGUAAUUCUUAAUUGUGUCUUAUUAGACAGCGCUAGUUCGGAAACGACGUAAAGGCUAGUUGAGUUAGUUCUUAGCAUUAACUAAUAAUUUGAAGCAUUCUGAAUUAGUAGCGAAUGUUGGAAUUCUGUGACAGAUUUGAUACAUUAUGAUGGUUAUGCUACGGACACACUACCGUGAUUCCGAAAUAUUUAUAUCUAUAAUUGAAACAAUACCUAGGUGUAGCCAUGAUUUAUACACAUAGUUUGAUAAUGCCAAUCAAUUUUGCAUAGGGCGAUAGGCUCCAGCUGUGCUUAUCAAAGAAAAUUUGUGUGGUCAUCAAUGGGUGUGUACUGAAUAGCCUACCGUUUGUUCAGUGUGCAACACGAAUUUAGAAAUAACGCACAUGUACGCCGAUAUAGAGUGGCGAUGUCGUAUUUAGAGGUCUGAAGGCCCCGGAGCAACAAAAGAUGCCUCCUGGCCCCAAAUAAAAUGUAAAAAAAAUCAGUCGAGUUUUCCAGUAAACAAUUUAUUGUGAAACAAAGUAUAAUUCUUUUACUAUUUAACAAACAUAAAUAUAAACGGAAAUAAGAAUUAUAUGAAAGUAUUUUUUUGAGUUAACGAACGGAACCAUCCGAGCUCUUUUCGCCAAAAAAUAGUUGAUGAUUUCGCUGAAUUCCAGUUCGCAAAAUAAACCUCUUUCAAUGCUCUGGAGGGAAGGCCUUAAUAGAGAUGGUUUUUCUCAUCGUGCCUAUUUUUAUAAUUUUCAUUUUUGAAAAUGAGCGCCCUCCAGUGCAAUUUGAUACCACCAAAAUACUAGUCUGAAUUUUAAAUUUUUUUUCCGAAGUCCCUAUUGUGGGGUCUCUUCUUUUGCGGAGUCCCUGUGGCAAUAACCCCGGUUGCCCUCCCCUGAAUCCAGCUCUGUGGAGUGGGGGGUGAAUAGGAAGGCCCCCUGAGUUCCUAAAAUUACAUAUUCAAAACUGAACUCUGUUUUAAUGUUCAGUUAAAUUUAGAAUAGGUAUGUGGCAAUUAAUUAGUUGAUGACUUAAUUAAUGACUUUCGUAAUGAUACCACAAAUUGGUAUUGAGGCCACCGCCGACUGGCUAUUUAAAUUAUUAAUUUGAUUGUAUUGACAUUUUAUUUAAAAAAAAAAGAAGCCCGCUGAGUUUCUUGCGCCGCCUCUUCUCAGGUUAUAUGGUUAGUAGUUUUUGACUUCCAAUUGAAUAAUCAUCGUGUAUUGGUUUCUUUGAAAAGUAAUAUAACAUAAUAAACGUUCAUAAUGUACAACACCCGCAGCUUGCAGCUUCAACUAACACCUUGGAGAAAGAAAUACUCAUUUCAAAUAAUUCAUUGCUACAUCUAAGUAGGUAAUAUUAAGUGUAAUCAGUUCCCGCGGGAAUAGCGGCAAAUUAAUUACUUAUUUAUUGUUGUAACAUUGGCGGUAGGUGGUAAGUUAGUGUGUCCGUAGCAUUAUAGCAUCGUCACUACAAGUAUCGUGUUAAUAAACGAGUCAAACUUUAUCAAAUCGGUUGUUUUACAGUAGAAUAGUUAACAUGUCGUUUGUUACAUGGCUGUGAUAGUUUGAUAAAACAUUUUAUAUAUCAAAUCGGCUGUCAGAAUUCAUAGUGGAGAAUAUGUUAUGUUUAGGGAUCCCCACUACUUCUGUACCGGUGGCCGGCUGCGCACGAGAGCGAUUGUAUUACUACGUGUAAAAGCUAAUAGCCAAAACACAUGGUCCGAUUUGGUACGGCCGGACAAUCGAACGGUAAAAUCAAAAUCAAAACGUUUAUUGAACUAUUAACAUUGAUUUACAAUGGCUUAAGUUCAAUCAUACACUUAAUUUCAUAAUAAUAAAUAAAUAAUAUCUAACAGAUAAAAUUAAAAUCAAAUAAGUAAUACAAAUAACAUCAAUCAAUUAAAAUCACAUAAAACAAAUCACACUUAAGCAGAGCAAUUCAAUUCCAGGCUGCUUUAUCAUUUAAGUAAUCUUGGAUAUUGUAAUAGUCUUUGCUGCUUAAUUUACUUUUUGUGAAGGCUUUGAAUUUGUUUAUAGACAUAUUUGCUAUAUGUUCGGGGAGUUUAUUAAAGAAGCGAACACACUGACACCUAAAAGAAUUACUGGCUUUAUUGAGUCUUGUGGCAGGCAUGGCAAGUCUACCCUUAUUUCUAGUAUUAAUACUAUGUAAGUCACUUAGUUUUGUGAACUUAUUUUUAUUCUUUUGUAUAAACAUCAAAUUCUCGUACAUGUAUUGUGAGGCCACUGUCAUAAUACCUAUUUCUUUAAACUUAUUCUUUAACGAAAUUCUAGAUCCCAUGUUAUAAAUGGCUCUAACGGCUCUAACAAAUAUCGUAUUGAUCUCAGCAGCAUUACCCCAUAAUAGGAUACCAUAGCUCAUAAUGCUGUGGAAGUAACUAAAAUAUACAGGUACAACGAGCACUCCGCGCCAAUUGGUCCGGUGUCAUAGGCAAUAGCGUCCAGACGGUACUCAAUUAUUAUAAUUUUGUGCGAUGGUCAGUGCAACAUACCAUAGAAUCAUAAAGAUCUAUUUAGAUUUAGUUUAGAUUGUCUGUGCAACGAACCGCAUCCGAUGGUUCGGCCGUACCAAAUCCGACCAUGUGUUCAGGCUAUAAGGCACCUACAUAGAGUAUCACACAAGAUCACUCAAUCUUCUAUAUAUUACAUUAUCAAUUUAUUAUCAUUGAAGUAGAAACUUUGGAUAUGCUAGAAGCUUGCUUACGCGAAAAAUAUUCAUUUACAUGAUGAAAUAUAAUUUUGAUAUUUACGUUUUAACAUUAUUAUUAAUUAAAUCGAAAAUUUCAAAUAGCUUAUAAUAAUGGAUUAAAAAUAUUUUGUUAAGAUAUGAUACGAGGCCUGUAUGAAUUUUACCGAUUAAACUGUCAGAUAUAGCGGGCGCAAAACAUAGUUGGCUACAUAAGAAUUAUGUAAUAAAAUAUUUUAUUACGAUACGUCACUCGAACGGCUAGCUCAAUUGGAAGAGCACUCGCACGGAACGCGAGAGAUCGUGGGUAAGUCCCGCAUCGUUCAUAAAAUUUUGUUUUCAAAUUUUAUUUGUGUAAUAAAAUAUUAUUAUUUAUCACACGGUCGCGAUGCGGUGCGAAAGUGCUUAGUCAAGGAUCAAAAUCAUUAUUAUUACUAGCUUAGCUGUACUCGCUUAUUAUUAUAAGAAAAUUAUGACAUUAGCCCAUGAAUUUAAACCUAUGUCAAUGUCAAGAGUUACCACGUUGUUCUCAUUGUUUUCGGAAUUCUUGCUAAUCAAAUUACAGUCAACUAUUAUCUAUGCAUUUAGUCGGAACAGACAAAAUAUUUUUAUACAGAAGUGACGUUAACGUGAUGAGAAUGACGGUAGCUGCUAAAAUUAACAUGCUAUUCGCCACACGUUGCUACUAUGAAACAAAAAGUUACGUUACAGCAAGUGAAUUACUUCAAAGCUUGGAGUAGCUUAUGGUUAUUUGAGUAAAAACCGAUUAAUUUAAGUACAACUAUAUGUAACAAUAUCUUGGUAGCUCUUAGAAGAGAAAUUAGAAGUUAGUUAUAGUAGAAAUACCUACAUUUUAAUUAUAAUAUAAAAGUGCGUACCGCAAAGCACUGUGUGGAUAAUUUAAGUAACAUUAAAAAGCAAUCGUUAACGCUUUAGUUUAUUACUUACCUACUCUUUGUAAUAAUUACUAAUAUAGAUUCAGCCUAUUUUCUUGUUGUCACCAGUCUAUGAAGACACAUUGUAUAAUUAAGUAUUUCUAGAUGAUUAGUUGACUGCCUAUGAAACUAUUACUAAAAUAUUUAAUCUGCAAUAGAUCCCUGAAUAAUGAAUUUUUGAGUGAUGGUUCUACUUUGACAAGUUCCAAAUCUCCCCAAAUAAUAAUACUAAGUACCGCGAAACAUGUUUGUUUAGUACCUUUGAAGUGAUACGGAGAAAAAUAUCGACAGCUGUCAAAACAUCGUAAGAAAUUGAAGUUGACCGUUAACCUUUAUUUUGAGCAAUGCUUGCACACUAACAUAGAGUAAGACAUAGUUUGUCACGCACACUUAAGUAAUAAACCUGGCCUGUUUUCAUCGGUUCUCUAGCAGCAAGAGGUUUAAUCUAGACGUAUUAAAAAUCUAAGGCUGUAGCUUUCUUCUUUUUUCUUAUAAAUGCCCCAUUUUAUUUUUGUUGCGAUGUUUAUGGAGGGUAGAAUGAUGUACAUAAAACCUGUAUCAUGUUUAAAAAGCAUCGACUUUCACUUCAAAUAGAUACCUACGGACUGAUUUUGACCUGGUGUAGUUUGGUUGCGAUCGGAUCUGAUUAAUUUUUAUGGUCUCUUCAAUACUAUGUAUGUAAUAAAAUUUACUUUCCUCUUAAUAAUAAAAUUAACCUUCUCUUAAGUUACGUAGGUACGUUCCUUCUAAGGUACAUGAUUUCCCCAAUUUUGGGGAGUUGGAAGCUUGUCAAAGUUCGUCAUCACCGUAAUAUGAAUUUAAACUUACUAGUAGCUACGUAAAUGACAUAGUUCAUAUCAAAACGCGGUAAGCGAUUUAUUUUAAGUGUUAACAUUUUACUUUACAAUAUUUCCACAUCGGAAUUUAUUGUCGAUCGUUAGAAAUUUUCUGUAAAUUAUUAUUAAAGUAAACAAUGUUACAUAUACAUGUGUUUUUAUUUUAGAAUCUUAAAAUUAGCAAUUAUUGGAAUGCUACCAGCAAAUUUAAUACUUACUUU